AUGGCAGACUUGCGUAUUGGAACGAGGGCCGCUACCAUAUCCUGUUUUGAGUACAGUGACGCACCAUGUCUCCCCUGGGAUGCAGAACACGGCAUUCUUGCAAAGGUUGGCCCGAGUGAAUUCCACCACCGUGAUAGCCUCGAUGUGUCCAUGCCAUUCUUCUCCAUGGUGACAUUCAUUCAUUCACAUCGGAGCAGUGACGCGUUCCGCCCGCACAAACAGGAAAUACCUCGUCAUCUUCAGGGGCACCACCACGUCUGCUCGUUCUUGAUGCCAUGCGCAACCACCUCUCCAAGCUUCACAACGGCAGGGGCAUUGUGUGGGUGUACGCGUGUCGGUGGUUUGGCGAAGAGCGCAUGGGCCGUGAGGGGAAGGGUGGAUAUGACCCCUCGUGUAAGCAGGCAGAGGAAGAGUUCAACAAGUACAUGUACACGGAACUGGCGCUGGAGACCAAGUUUGGGCUCAUCAUCAUGGCUGCGGGUACCAUCCCCGUCAUUGUCGUCGAUCACUACGUGCUGCCCUACCAGGACCUGCUGGACUGGGAGACGUUCAGCAUUCGCAUUCCCCGAGCACAGGCUCCUCGAGCUUCCGAGGAUCCUGCGGUCGAUCCCUGAUGAGGUGGUGGAGAUGAUGCAGAGACGCGUUGUGUUUGUGUUUGAGGAGUUCUUCAAGUCCCUUUCCACCCAGGUGCACGCAGGAUCAACCUGUUUAGUGGCGACAACACAUGGCAGAGGGCCUUGAGCCAGCACCUGUCACCCCCACCCCCUCCUGCACCAAUCACCACUGCUCUGGUGGGAUGAACAGACGGGCGCUGCCAUGUGAUGACCAUCCAGCCACGCUUGUGCGGCUGUGGAAGCAGCAGCACCAACACACACCACACCACAAACAAGCAAGCGAGCGAUGAACAACCCGCUGCUUAUCUUUCCCUCUCUUUCUCGCCCUCCCUGACGGCCAUCACAACAACAACAACAGCAGCAGCAGCCAACACACCCUCCACCGCCGAUGCAGCAGCAGCAGCAGAGAAUGCACCACCACCACUUGCUGCUGAACACAUCCCCCAACCAACCAACCAGCCAACCAACCAACCAACCAACCCAUCGC